AAAUGGCAUUUCUGUCCCUCCCUCGCUCACCUGAAUUUUCAGUUUGCUCAGGCAAGGCAACGAUUAGCUUCCUCUCGCCGAAUAAAAGCUGUCUUCUUGGUCUGAGGAGGGAAAAAAAUCUGUGUGUGUGUCUUCGCGCAAAAAUAAUUUCUCAGCCAGCAGAUUAAGCAUUUAAUGCUGGUGUGUUAACCAAGGCGCAAACUUUAAUCAACGGGGUGGUUGCAAAUGAGGCAACCGCAGAGGAAAAGGGUCGGGCGGAUGGUGGCAGUGGCACGCCGCAGCUACCUCUCCCCUCCCCAUCGCCGCCAACGCCAAGGCCAACAGCACAACCAUCGCACCACCCAAGAAAUGGAGCUGAGUGUGCCCCUUCUCCUCCUCGCGGCUCCCCAAGCUCCUGCUCCGCGCGCGUAGCCGCGCGGCACCUCCCAGUCCCAACACGCCCGCAAGCUCCGCUCACCGCGAGGUAAUAUCCCCGGUUCUGUUCUGCUGCUCCCCGGCGCGGAUCGUUUGUUAGUGUUUGUUUCUUGAGCCUUCUGGUGCUGUUUGAACCGUGAAGAUGGCGGCGAUGACUGCUUACAAGUAUCAAGCUCAGGCCUUGAUGAGGGACUAUCUGCUAGCUGAUCCACUAGUUCCGUACACCUCUGUGCUCAUUGGCAUUGUCCUCUGCAAGAUGGCUUACGAUUUCACUCGAAUAUUGAGCUCCUUUUAUUUCAAGGGCUACACUUUACUGACAAAAAUACAGCGCAUCGAAUGGAACAAUAGGGGUAUGUCCAGCGCUCAUGCAAUUUUUAUCACGGCUGUAUCAUUAUAUCUUGUCAUGUCAACUGAUCUUUUCUCCGACCGCGUCAAGGGACCUAUUACAUUCCGUUAUUCGAUAAUAUCCACCUCUGCGUUGGGGGUUUCUGUCGGCUACUUCAUCACUGAUCUUGCAAUGAUCUUCUGGCUGUAUCCUUCCCUUGGUGGAAUGGAAUAUGUCCUCCACCAUACUGUUUCCCUGGUUGCAAUAGCUUACACAAUGUUGUCUGGGGAAGGGCAGUUUUACACAUACAUGGUUCUCAUUUCAGAGACAACCACCCCUGAAAUCAACUUGCGAUGGUUUCUUGACACUGCUGGACUGAAGAAAUCAAGUGCUUACUUGGUUAAUGGAAUUCUGAUGUUUGUUGCAUGGCUGGUGGCAAGGAUAUUUUUGUUCAUGUAUGUAUUUUACCACAUCUAUUUGCAUUACGGUCAGAUAAUGCAGAUGCAUGCCUUUGGGUACUACCUGACAUUUGUUGUGCCAUCAGUGCUCUUUGUAAUGAACACAAUGUGGUUCAUGAAGAUCUUAAAAGGUGUGAUGAAAACACUGGCAAAAUGGCCAUGACGUGGAUGACGCCAAGAGGAUCUCAGAACUAUCAACAGGAUUUCGUCUUUCUGGCAUCAUUACGUGACCUUAAUCUGUGAAGUUAUGGAUAUCAGGGUAACUAGAGAAACAUAAUAUGUAAAGUAUUAGCAAACAAGCUAUAUUAGGUGAAAUUGCCCUAUUUUCAGUCGAGCUGGAAGUUCAUAACCGGUUUGGUUUGUACCGGAGAUCCAGCACGCUGUUCUGCUUACCCCACCUGUGCCAUGUGUAUAUCUGAAGAGAAUUUUAAUGGGUGGUUUGUUCAACAGUACAAUCCCAGUGCUGUGUA